AUGUUAAAGAAAGUUAAAGUCAGUGGAAAUGUAACAGAUGAUGAAGAUAGUGAUUAUGAUAUAGAAGAUGACAGAGAUAAACAAGAAAGUGAUGAGCAAGACAGAAAUGAACAAGAUAGAGACGGAAAUGAAUCAAGGUAUCCUGAGGAAUACCUUGUUGAGGCAGCUCAUAAUGGUGAUCUUGAUGUAAUAAAGAGUGCCAUAGAAGAUGGCUCUGUUCAUGUUAACACUAUAAAUGAAAAUGGCAUAACUCCAUUGCACUUAGCAUGUUCCAAUGGUCAUGAUAAAGUAGUACAAGUAUUACUAGACCAUGGUGUUCAAGUGGAUGUUCAAGACAAGAAUGGCAUAACUCCAUUGCACUUAGCAUGUUCCAAUGGUCAUGAUAAAGUAGUACAAGUAUUACUAGACCAUGGUGUUCAAGUGGAUGUUCAAGACAAGAAUGGCAUAACUCCAUUGCACUUAGCAUGUUCCAAUGGUCAUGAUAAAGUAGUACAAGUAUUACUAGACCAUGGUGUUCAAGUGGAUGUUCAAGACAAGGAUGGCAUAACUCCAUUGCACUUAGCAUGUUCCAAUGGUCAUGAUAAAGUAGUACAAAAUGGCAUAACUCCAUUGCACUUAGCAUGUUCCAAUGGUCAUGAUAAAGUAGUACAAGUAUUACUAGACCAUGGUGUUCAAAAUGGCAUAACUCCAUUGCACUUAGCAUGUUCCAAUGGUCAUGAUAAAGUAGUACAAGUAUUACUAGACCAUGGUGUUCAAGUGGAUGUUCAAAAACAAGGUCAGAUUGAUCUCGCAAAUAAAGAUGGCAUAACUCCAUUGCACUUAGCAUGUUCCAAUGGUCAUGAUAAAGUAGUACAAGUAUUUCAUUGCCAUGGUGUUCAAGUUGAUGUUCCAGACAAGAAUGGUGACACAACAUUAUACAAAGCAUGUUCUAGAGGUGAUGAUACCACUGUUGAUCUUUUAAUUAAAGCUGGAGCUAAUGUUGAUAUUGUUAAUAAUAUGGAGAAGUCAAUCAGGGAUACUUCAGAGGUUGUCAACGGUGUCCCUUCAUGCCCUCUGACGAAUGCCCAUUCAUCCUUCAGGGCAAUUGCAUUCUUUAUGAUUGUAAGGGACAUUCAGAGCAGAUCUUUUGGUAUGACUGACUUCUAUCAGUGUAUUUUCAUCAAAUCACAGGUAAUUGGAAAUAGUGCUUUAAAAUUGAUGCCAUUAGUGCAGGAGGACUUGAACUGA